AUGUCAGGCUUUAACACCUCUGAAGUAGAAAUCUCUAGCUUCUUCCUCACUAGUAUCCCAGCCAUGGAGCACACUCACACUUGGGUCUCCAUCCCCAUUUGCCUCAUGUAUCUUGUUGCCAUUCUGGGGAACUGCACCAUCCUCUUUUUCAUAAAAACAGAGACCUCUCUGCAUGAGCCUAUGUAUUAUUUCCUCUCCAUGCUGGACUUUUCUGACCUGGGACUGUCCAUCGCCUCCCUUCCAACCACGCUGAGAAUCUUCUUGUUCAAUGUCAUCAGAAUUUCCCCUGAUACCUGUUUUGCCCAAGACAUUUUCAUUCAUGGAUUCUCAACUAUGGAGUCAUCAGUUCUUCUUAUCAUGUCCAUUGAUAGCUUUAUAGCCAUACAACCUUUGAGAUACCCCUCCAACCUGACCAUUGACAGAGUCAUUAAAAUUGGCCUUGUAUUUGUUAUAAAAAAUAUCUUAUUGGUUUUCCCUCUUCCUUUCAUUCUCAAAAGGCUGAAAUUUUGUAAGAAAAGUCUUCUAUUCCACUCCUAUUGCCUUCACCAGGAUGUCAUGAAGCUGGCCUGCUCUGACAAGAGGAUCGAUAUCAUUUAUGGACUGUUUGUGGCUCUAACAGUUAUAUUAGACUUGAUGUGCAUUUCUGUGUCUUACAUGCUGAUCCUGAAAAUUGUUCUUGUCACUGCUUCACACAAGAGCCGUCUCAAAGUCCUCAACACUUCUAUCUCCCACAUCUGUGCUGUACUCAUCUUCUAUGUGCCUAUCGUCACCUUGGCUAUUAUUCACUGCUUUGCCAAAAAUGUUUCUCCAGUUAUUAGGGUCAUCAUAGCUGAUACCUUCCUUCUAGUUCUCCCUCUAAUGAAUCCCAUUUUAUAUUCUGUAAAGAAUCAGCAAGUUAGACAUCGGGUCCUCAUGAAAUUAUGUGAGAAAAAGGAUUGA